AUGGGUCUUCUCCAGGCGCUCGUGUGGACACUUUCAUUCUCCCUCCUCCGGGCGUCGCCUGUGAAGAAGGCUAGCAGUGACACAUCUGUGGGAAUCGUCGCAUUUGGCAGGAUUCCUUCGGAUGCGGUAGAGUCGACGGGAGACACUCUUGGUGGUAUAGGGAGUGCCAUGGCGAUCAAGUACGGGACGUGGACGGAUGUUGGGAACGGAAGUUUCUCGGGUAUAUUGGUCGUGCAUCCAGAUCGAGGGUUCAACGUGGACGGGACGGUCAACUACCAGGCGCGCCAGCAUGAUGUUGACUUUGUCUUGACGCCGUAUUACGGCACGGAUGAUCUGAGCUUUGACGACGCGCAAGGGACACUUGUGUUGAUAUAUAAGAAUACGACGCUCCAAUUCGACAGAGGCGGCAACAAGACUACCGGUCUUGAUAGUCUGGGCGUGCGUCCUGCGAUGCCGGGGUUUCCCUCAGACCCUUUUGCGGAUCCACAGAUGCCCGUGCCAAUUACGAUACCCAAUCUAUCAGUUGAUGCUGAAGGCAUCAUUGCGAACAGUGAUGGAUCUUAUUGGGUGAGCGACGAGUAUGGGCCGUACAUCUACCGGUUCUCCGGGGAGGGACAGUUGAUCCAGACGAUUCAACCACCUUCGGCGAUCCUUCCUCGUGACUCUAAUGGGAACCUAAAUUUUACGUCUGAAUCGGAUCCAACAACGGGAAGAGCUGCCAAUCAAGGAUUCGAGGGCCUCACGUUCGACGUCGAGAAUGAUGUUGUUUAUGCGAUGCUACAGUCGGCAACUAUUCAAGAUGGUGGAGAUGACAAAACCACAUCAAGGUACACUCGCCUCUUGGCGUAUGAUGUUUCCAACCCCACUGUCCGUCCCGAACUUAUCGGUGAAUGGGUCGUGCCAUUACCCCAGAGUAAGAAAAACAAAACGAGGGCAUGCAGCGAGAUCGCAUUCGUGAGCCCGGGUGUGUUUUUCGCGUUGUCUCGAGAUGGUGAUGGAGAAGGCGGGGAUGACCUCGAGUCUAGUUAUAAGCAAGCAGACCUUUUUGAUAUUUCCAAUGCGACGGACAUUCAUGGUACUAAAUUCGAUGAUCCUGCAAACCCCAUUGCCGUUGAUGGCGAGCUGGACGGCGACAUCGUCCCAGCUACAUAUGUGUCGUUCGUCGAUUACAUUGACGAUGACCAGUUGGCGAGGUUCGGCCUGCAGAAUGGCGAUGUGGAUGAUGAUACCCAUAUCGAUGCCAAGUGGGAAUCAUUCUCGCUUGCUCCCGUCAACGAUUCAGAUUACCCGAAUGAUUACUUCCUGUUCACUGCUUCGGACAACGAUUUCCUCACCACGAAUGGGAUUUCACUGGGACAGCCAUAUGAUGCUGGCCAGGAUGUGGACAACCAAUUUCUGGUGUUUAGGGUUACGCUUCCUAGUGUGAUUGAGGGAAGUGUUCAGCGGCUCUUGGGUGUGUAG